AUGAAAGAGAUGGAGUGGAGGUGUGUGGACUUCCUACUAGCAAGGUCUAGACAGCCGUGCAGGAAACCAAGAACAGAGGCUGGCGAUAUCAGUACUGCCCUUAGAUCUGGGCAUGAAGGCCCCACUGCAGUGCUCCCCGUGAGGCUGACGGGCCCCCUUUCCGGAGCGUUCCCCCAGGUACCAGGGGUCACAGAACUCCAACGGGAGCCCACUUUCAGGGCCUGCACGUGGCUCUCUGGACUGUGCUGCUUCUGUGUGCGCGCCCUGGGGCCCAGGUGUGACGACGGAGCAGCUGCCUCGGGGAGCUGGAGGCGAUGUGGAUCUUGUCACAAGCAUAACGGAGCCAGCCCUUCAAGGCGUGCGAGGGUGCCUCUGCUGGGGGGAGGGCUGGCCAUGGGCUGUGAUCCCCGAGGCCGCCAAGAUUUCUAG